AUGCGCUGCACGGCUUGCAAGCUCACAACACCCCAGGGCUACAUCUCCUCCUUCGGCCUCUUCCAGUCCUACUACACAACCACCUUCUCCGUCUCACCCUCGGCCAUCAGCUGGAUCGGCUCCGUGCAAAUCCUCCUCAUCUACCUCAUCGGCACCUUCUCCGGGCGCGCCCUCGACGGCGGGCACUUCCGGUCCGUAGUGACGGCCGGCUUCAUCCUGCAAGUCGUCGGCGUCUUCACCACGUCCGUGUCGACGCGGUACUGGCACCUCUUCCUCUCGCAAGGCAUCUGCAAGGGGCUCGGCGAUGGGCUCGUCUUCUGCCCGGCGGUCGCGCUCGUCGCGACCUACUUCACGACGAAGCGCAGCCUGGCCAUCGGCGUCAUGGCGACGGGCGGCGCGACGGGCGGCAUCUUCUUCCCGCUGAUCGCGCGCCAGCUGCUGCCGCGGGUGGGCUUCGGCUGGACGGUGCGCACCAUGGGCUUCGUCGUGCUGUUCAACGCGUGCGCCUUCUCCGCCGUGGCGCGCGUGCGGCUGCGUCCGCGUCGCAGGGGCCCGCUCGUCGAGUGGGCGGCCUUCGCGGAGCCGGCGUACUCGCUGUUUUGCGCGGGUAUGUUUCUCAACCUUUGGGCCGUCUUCCUUGCGUACUUCUACAUCAGCUCCUACGCGCGGGAUAUCCUGCACGUCCCGUCCGAGACGGCGCUGACGCUGCUGCUCACCAUGAACGCCGUUGGUGUCCCUGCGCGCCUCAGCUGUGGCUUCGUCGCGGACCGCCUCGGGACGGUCAAUACGCUCAUCCCUGCCGUCUUCUUUGCCGGUGUCCUCUUCUUUUGCUGGAUCGCUGUCGGUUCGGUUGGCGGGCUGUAUGCCUUCUGCGUUGUGUAUGGCUUCUUCGGCGGAGGCAUACAAAGCUUGUUCCCCGCGGCGUGUGCGAGCUUAACGACGGAUUUGGAGAAGAUGGGGGUUAGGACUGGCAUGUGUUUUUCGGUCGUGUCGAUUGCAUGUCUUACUGGCCCGCCGAUUGCGGGGGCGCUGAUACAGAGGCACGAUGGGGGGUAUUUGUAUGCCCAAGUGUUUGGUGGGGCAGCACUAAUGGGUGGGACAUUGACGCUGGUGGCAGCGAGGACUGCGAAGAAUGGAUGGGAUUGGCGAAAGAAGAUGUGA